AUGCUAGGUGAAUGUGCUCAGCUUAAAACAAAACUUUUAGACAUGUUUACAGUACCCUGGAACAGAAGAGAACAAAUUGAUGAAGAAUUGGAAGAGUGGAAAAUGGAUCCUUCAAUCUUUGUUGAUACCAGGGGUGCCAAACAUGUUCUAAAAUCAGUACAAGAGAACAGCUGUGUUACUAUUGUUGCUAGUUUUGGUGUUGGGAAAACAGCAACUCUACAUUUUGUGGCAUUUAAAUUGGCAGAUGAAGGAUAUGAUAUACUUCCCAUAAUAAACCCAAAUGACAUUAUUAAGUUUUACAAUCCAAAUCAGAAACAGUUGUUUGUUAUAGAUGACUUUUGUGGAACUCAUUAUCUAAACCCGUAUGGCUUUAACAGUUGGAAUUCUGUCAUUGAACGGAUAACCGAACUGAUUCAAAAUAAACUCACAAAAGUUAUUGUGGCUUGUCGGAUCCAAGUGUAUCAAGACAAGCAGUUUACAUUAUUACAUAUUUUCACGACAUGUGUUUGUAACCUGCUAUCAGAAGAUUUGUGUUUAACACAAACAGAGAAGCAGUCCAUAGCAGAGUUAUACCUGGAAACAGAGGCUUCAGAGAUUAUUCAGUACUGUGAUUUAUAUGAUUGUUUUCCACUUCUCUGUAAACUAUAUAAAGAUAAUCCUGAAUUUAAUGCUUCCGAUUUUUUUAGGAAUCCAUUUGCAGUGUAUGAAGUAGAGAUUGAAAAACUUGAAAUUGAAGAUAUUGGAAAGUAUUGUGCUUUGGCUUUGUGUGUUAUGUUUAACAACAUACUGUUUGAGCAAUUGUUUACACAGGAUAUAGAUGAAAAAAUAAGAACAAUAAUAGAAAACACAUGUGAGGCGUGUAGACUUUCCAGAGGAACAUCUCGACUUAUCCUUCUAAAUAAAAUUGAGUCACUUGAACAUACUUUUAUAAAGAAAAAAUAUGGAUUUUACAGAACUAUACAUGAUAAAAUAUUUGACAUCUUGGUUUUCUAUUUUGGACGAAAAAUGAUUCAGUUUUUAAUUAAAAAUGCAGAUAGUUGGGUUAUUUCCAAAAGAUUACUGUUAGACAAAAGAGAUGACGAGGAUCAGCUUAUCACUGUUGUACCGCUAGAAUAUCAUUAUAUGUACAUAGAAAGAAUGAUUAAGGACUGGUCUGCUGGUAUAUUAUCGUGUGUGUUUCAUAACAUCAAUAUGAAAACACCAGCGUUUAGACAAAGAUUCUUAAACCAUUUGAAUACACUUGAUAUUUCAUUUCAACAAAAAAUAGCUCAACCCUAUGGUUUUUACGACAAUUCUGUCAUGUUACAAUUUUGUAGGUUCGAUUUUGUUCCUUUCAUCGAUUGGUGCAUAACGCACGGUCUCGAUGUGAACAAGUGCAACUCAAAUAAUGAGAGUCCUUUGUGUAUAUCAGCCAAAAAAGGUCAUAUAGGAGUAGUUACAGAUUUACUAAAGAAAAAGGCAGACAUCCAUAAAUGUGACUUUUAUGGAGCAUCUCCUUUGUUUUUAGCAUGUGAGAUGAAUCACAUAGAUAUAGUGAAAAUUUUACUUGAAAACAAGGCAAAUAUCAAUAAAUGUACACGCAAGACAUCUUAUUCUAUAAUGCAUUAUUUUGAUGAUGAAAGUUUUGAUGAACGUAAGGAUUCUGGGGAAUCCCCUUUGUUUAUUGCUUGUCAGAAGAAUCAUAAAGAAAUAGUACAGAUAUUAAUAGACAACGAGGCAGAUAUCAAUAAAUGCAGAGAUGAUGGACUAUCUCCCUUGUCCGUUGCCUGUCAAAAAAAUCAUAAAGAGAUAGUAAAACUGUUACUAGAUAACAAGGCAGACACUAAUUUGCAAGCAGCAGAUGGGACAUCUCCUUUAUUUGUUGCCUGUCGAGAGAAUCUUAUCGAGAUUAAAUGA